CGGCGGCAGGACAGCAGUAUAUAAGCUCGCUCGGUAUGUGCAGUGUAUCAUUCGAUCAGUGAAGUACUUCAGGAUCAGCAAUGGCAGCCAAGUUCGUAGUUCUCGCGGCCCUAGUGGCCAUGGCUCACUGCUCCGUGGUGCCAGUGGCGCGAGUAGACGCCGACUACACCAGCUUCGCAUACGACGUGGCCGACCCCAACACCGGUGACUUCAAGAGCCAGGUGGAGACCCGCGUGGGCGGCAACGUGGCCGGCCAGUACUCGCUGCUUGACGCUGACGGCACCAAGCGCACCGUGGACUACACCGCUGACGAUGUCAAUGGAUUUAACGCUGUGGUGCGCAAGGACCCCGCUGUAGUGGCUUCCGUGGUGGCCGCGCCCGUGGUGGCUGCCCCCGCUGUGGCUGCGCCCGCUGUUAUCGCAGCCCGCACUGUGGCCGCUCCUGCUGUCUACGCCGCUCACGCUGCUCCUGCUGUCUACGCCGCUCACGCUGCUCCUGCUGUCUACGCCGCUCACGCCGCCCCCGCCGUGUACGCCGCUCACUCCGCUCCCGUCUACGCCGCUCCCUCUUUCUACUCGUACGGUGCUCCCGCUCUGUACUCCGCUCCCCUCACUUACGCCGCUAAGUGGUAAACAAUGGCGCGUGUUGUGUUGCGAUGUGGUGCUGCCUUGUAAAUAAAUUAUUUUAAGUAAAAAGUGAAACUACCUAA